AUGGGCCUGCACCCGCCCUACUUCAACCUGGCCGAGGGCGCCCGCAUCGCCGCCUCGGCCACCUGCGGCGAGGAGGCCCCGGCGCGCGGCGCCCCGCGCCCCACCGAGGACCUCUACUGCAAGCUGGUGGGCGGCCCUGUGGCGGGCGGGGACCCCAACCAGACCAUCCAGGGCCAGUAUUGCGACAUCUGCUCGGCCGCCAGCAGCAACAGGGCGCACCCCGUGAGCAACGCCAUCGACGGCACGGAGCGCUGGUGGCAGAGCCCGCCGCUGUCCCGGGGACCGGAGUACAACGAGGUCAACGUCACCCUGGACCUGGGCCAGGUCUUCCACGUGGCCUAUGUGCUCAUCAAGUUCGCCAACUCGCCGCGGCCAGACCUCUGGGUGCUGGAGCGGUCCACGGACUUCGGACACACCUACCAGCCAUGGCAGUUCUUCGCGUCCUCCAAGAGGGACUGCUUCGAACGGUUCGGGCCACAGACGCUGGAGCGCAUCACGCGGGACGACCACGUCAUCUGCUCCACCGAGUACUCGCGGAUCGUGCCCCUGGAGAACGGCGAGAUUGUGGUCUCCCUGGUGAAUGGGCGCCCCGGGGCUAUGAACUUCUCCUACUCGCCCCUGCUGCGUGACUUCACCAAAGCUACCAACAUCCGCCUGCGCUUCCUACGCACCAACACGCUGCUGGGCCACCUCAUGGGCAAGGCGCUGCGGGACCCCACCGUCACCCGCCGGUAUUAUUACAGCAUCAAGGACAUCAGCAUUGGUGGCCGCUGUGUCUGCCACGGCCACGCGGACGUCUGUGACGCCCAAGACCCCACGGACCCCUUCAGGCUUCAGUGCGCCUGUCAACACAACACGUGUGGGGGCUCCUGUGACCGCUGCUGUCCCGGCUUCAACCAGCGGCCGUGGAAGCCGGCCACCACCGACAGUGCCAACGAGUGCCAGUCCUGCAAUUGCCACGGCCAUGCCCACGACUGCUUCUACGACCCUGAGGUGGACCGGCACAAUGCCAGCCAGAACCAGGACAACAUCUACCAGGGCGGGGGCGUGUGCAUCGACUGCCAGCAUCACACCACCGGCAUCAACUGUGAACGCUGCCUGCCCGGCUUCUUCCGGGCCCCGGACCAUCCUCUCGACUCUCCCCACGCUUGUCGCCGCUGCAACUGCGAGUCGGACUUCACAGACGGGACGUGUGAGGACCUGACCGGCCACUGCUACUGCCGGCCCAACUUCACGGGGGAGCGUUGCGACGCGUGCGCCGAGGGCUUCACUGGCUUCCCGCGCUGCUACCCGGUGCCCUCCUUCUCCCCCAAUGACACCAGCGAGCAGGUGCUGCCAGCCGGACAGAUUGUGAACUGUGACUGCAGCGCGGCCGGGACCCAGGGCAACGCCUGCCGCAAGGACCCGCGGCUGGGACGCUGCGUGUGCAAACCCGGCUUCCAGGGCGCCCACUGUGAGCUCUGUGCCCCAGGCUUCUAUGGCCCCGGCUGCCAGCCGUGCGAGUGCUCCAGCCCUGGAGUGGUGGACGGGGACUGUGACCGAGACUCCGGCCGGUGCACCUGCCGGGAGGGCUUCGAGGGGCCCGCGUGUGACCGCUGUGCCCCGGGUUACUACCACUUCCCUCUCUGCCAGUUGUGCAGCUGCAGCCCUGCAGGGACCCUGCCCGAGGGCUGCGACGAAGCUGGUCACUGCCCGUGCCGGCCCGAGUUUGACGGCCCUCACUGUGACCGCUGCCGUCCGGGCCACCACGGCUACCCCGAGUGCCGCGCCUGCACCUGCGACCCCCGCGGCGCCCUGGACCAGCUCUGCGGGGCAGCCUGCCUCUGCUCCGCCGAGGGCUCCCUGCACGCGGCCUGCGACCCCCGCAGCGGGCAGUGCAGCUGCCGGCCCCGCGUGACAGGGCUGCGGUGUGACGCGUGUGCUCCCGGCGCCUACGACUUCCCCGCCUGUGAAGCUGGCUCCUGCCAUCCUGCCGGCCUGGCCCCGGCCAGUCCCAGCCUUCCUGAGGCACAGGCCCCCUGUACGUGCCGGGCCCAUGUGGAGGGGCCCAGCUGCGAUCGCUGUAAACCCGGGUUCUGGGGGCUGAGUCCCAGGAACCCUGAGGGCUGCACCCGCUGCAGCUGCGAUCCCCGGGGCACGCUGGGCGGACUUACCGAGUGCCAGCCGGGCGACGGCCAGUGCUCCUGUAAGCCUCACGUGUGUGGCCAGACCUGCGCAGCAUGCCGGGAUGGCUUCUUCGGGCUGGACCAGGCCGACUACUUCGGCUGCCGCAGUUGCCGCUGUGACGUCGGUGGGGCGCUAGGACAGGGCUGUGACCCGAGGACGGGCGCCUGCCGGUGCCGCCCGAACACCCAGGGCCUCACCUGCAGCGAGCCGGCGCGAGACCACUACCUCCCUGACCUGCACGACCUGCGGCUGGAGCUGGAGGAGGCGGCCACGCCCGACGGCCACACCGUGCGCUUUGGCUUCAACCCCCUCGAGUUCGAGAGCUUCAGCUGGAGGGGCUAUGCGCAGAUGACACUCAUCCAGCCCAGGAUCGUGGCAAAGCUGAACGUGACCUCCCCCGACCUCUUCCGGCUCGUCUUCCGCUACGUCAACCGUGGGCCCACCAGUGUGAGCGGGCGAGUCUCUGUGCAGGAAGAGGGCAGGUUUGCCACCUGCAGCAACUGCACAGAGCAGAGCCAGCCCGUCGCCUUCGCGCCCAGCACGGAGCCUGCCUUUGUCACUGUGCCCCAGAGGGGCCUCGGGGGGCCCUUUGUGCUGAACCCUGGCACCUGGGCCCUGCUCGUGGAGGCCGAAGGGGUGCUCCUGGACUACGUGGUUCUGCUACCCAGCACUUACUACGAGGCUGCGCUCCUGCAGCUGCGGGUGACCGAGGCCUGCACGUUCCGGCCUGCCGCCCAGCGCUCCGGGGAGACCUGCCUCCUCUACACCCACCUGCCCCUGGAUGGCUUCCCCUCAGCUGCUGGACCCGAGGCCCUGUGUCGCCAUGACAACAGCCUACCCCGGCCUUGCCCCACGGAGCGGCUCAGCCCCUCACACCCGCCUCUGGCCGCCUGCCUGGGCAGUGACGUGGACGUUCAGCUUCAGGUGGCAGUGCCCCGGCCGGGCCAGUACACACUGGUGGUGGAGUACGCCAGUGAGGACACCCAGCAGGAGGUGGGCGUGGCCGUGCACACCCCCCAGCGGGCCCCGCAGCAGGGGGCACUCACUCUCCACCCCUGCCCUUACAGCACCCUGUGCCGGGGCGCUGCCCUGGACACCCAGCACCACCUGGCUGCCUUCCACCUGGACACGGAGGCCAGCGUCCGGCUCACGGCCGAGCAGGCGCGCUUCUUCCUGCACAGCGUCACCCUGGUGCCCAUGGAGACAUUCAGCGUGGAGUUCGUGGAGCCCCGGGUCCGCUGCGUCAGCAGUCACGGUGCCUUCAGCCCCAGCAGUGCCACCUGCCUGCUCUCUCGCUUCCCGAAGCCGCCCCAGCCCAUCAUCCUCAGGGACUGCCAGGUGUUGCCGCUGCCCUCUGGCCUCCCGCUGGUCCACUCGCAGGACCUCACACCCAGCGCACCCCCAUCGGGGCCCCAGCCUCGGCCCCCCACUGCCGUGGACCCCGAUGUGGAGCUCACGCUGCUGCGCCACCCCCAGGGCACCGUGGUCUUCACCACCCAGGUGCCCGCCCUGGGCCGCUACGCCUUCGUGCUGCACGGCUACCAGCCCGACCACCCCACCUUCCCCGUGGAGGUCCUCAUCAGCGGGGGCCGGGUCUGGCAGGGCCAUGCCAAUGCCAGCUUCUGCCCGCACGCCUACGGCUGCCGUACCCUGGUUGUGUGUGAGGGCCAGGCCGUCCUGGACGUGACUGACAGCGAGCUCACCGUGACCAUGAGGGUGCCUGAGGGCCGGUGGCUCUGGUUGGAGUAUGUGUUGGUGGUCCCUGAGGAGGUCUACAGCUCCAGCUAUCUCCGAGAGGAGCCCCUGGACAAAUCCUAUGACUUCAUCAGCCAGUGUGCCAGCCAUGGGUACCACAUCAG